AUGUUAAAUAGAAAGAGUAAAGUAUUGGUGGUCGUUCCCCUUUAUUGGAUAGUUUCCAUAUCUAUUGUGUUUGUCAACAAACAUUUAUUAAACAACAACAACAAACAAGACUUGUCCAUAUUUAUAGCCUGGUUCCAAUGUUUGGUAUCAGUUCUGACAUUGUUUUUGCUAAAACUUGUCAUGCCUGGAAAAGUUCCACCUUUGGAAAUUCCAACUUUACUACACAGUGAUAUGUUAUCCUUGUCCUUCAACUUUGUGGCUUCUUUAACUCUGAAUAAUCUUAUGCUCAAACAUAUCAGUGUGGCUUUUUAUCAAAUCGGUCGCUCGUUCACGUUAAUAUUCACCAUUAUAUUGAGUGUGUGUAUGUUACAUAAACACUUAAAGAUAACCACCCUUAUUCCAUGUGUGUGUAUCAUAUUAGGAUUUUUCAUCAGUGUGGGAGAGGAAGAAGAAUCAGGAACUGUCUCCAUCUGGGGAAUUAUAUAUGGAAUAUUGUCCAGUCUUUCAGCAGCGUAUUGUGCCAUAUAUUUUCGUAAAGUAGAAGGUAUAACCAAUGGCAGUGCAGUGAAAAUAGCUUAUUAUAAUAAUGUGAAUAGUUUUAUUAUAUUUUUACCGUUAGUUAUUAGUACUAAUCAACUAUCAAAUGUUUUCCAUUCCACUCUGAUAUAUGAUAAAUAUUUCUGGAUGUGUUUGGGUCUGUCUGGGGUCAUGAGCUUGACCAUGGGAUGGGUCAGUGCUUUGCAAAUUCAGUAUACAUCCCCUGUAACCCAUCACAUUAGCAUCAAUGCCAAAUCUGUGGCCCAAACUGUCAUAGCCAUCAUAUUGUACAAGGAAUCAAAGUCUCUGGUUUGGUGGACUGGAAACCUGUUAGUUAUGUCAGGAAUUUUGUCAUACGCUUGGUUGAAUUUUCAGGAACGAGAAGAACCUAUUCUGUUAAAAUCCUCACCAAAACCAGAAAAGAAUGGUGUAUCUGUGUUGUGAUCAAUACAAAAUGCAUCUCAUCGCAGAAUAAUUUUAAGUGGGUAUGCAAGCCAAUUUAAGGUGUUAUUUUUCUUUUUGAUGUAAAUGGAAAAACCUUUUAUAUUCAGUGCCAGAGGAUUAUGUUGUAUUUUCAAAUUUGGUUUUUGCCAUGGUAAAUAUUCUCUAGUUAUUUGCUUCCUAAAUUGAAAAUCUGGCAUAAGGUUAGUAGACAAUCAAUUCACUAAUCUACCAUAUAAUUGGAAAAAACUCAGAUCCAGUGGAAGUCUGCAGAUUUUAUUUCAUUGUAGAUAAACUUGUGUCAGAUUUUCAUUUAGUGCACAGUAUUUUUGAAAUUGUUGAAAAAUAAGAAUAUUUAAUAACCGUUUUUUAACACCAAGUGUUUAAAAAGUUACUUAAACCUAUAUUACACAAUGUAUUAAAAUGUUAUAUUAUUGUUUUCAAUUAAAGAAAAUUCAUUUUCAUGUA